UCAAAGCCAAUCAGUGCAGCGCAUACAAAUCAAAACAUGAAGACUCUCGGUGAACAUUGAUAACGAUUUCUAUGUUAAUGUUGAGCUAAACAGUGCAAAAUUAGCCAGUUAUGAGCGAGACACGGAAGCUAACCGAUACCUGCCGAACGUGUAUGCAAAAUGCAACCAAUGCUGUGUCAAUUUUCGAUCCGUUAGAGGAAACAACAAUCGCCUGUGUUGUGACGGAGUGCACGGCCGUUCAGAUUACCGACGAUCAACUGCUUCCUAAUCUCAUUUGCGAAAAUUGUUUAAAGCUACUAAACAGCUUUGUUGGCUUUAUCAAAAAGGUCAAAGAGACUGAUAAACUUUUGCGAAAGUUGUUCAAACAGGCGUUUGAGGUCAAACUGAUAGAUUUGGAAGAAUUCGCACAACAAUCGGCUGAUCUUCUAGAAGAUGAGAACCAAAUUAAGCUAGAAGACUAUUCUGAUAAUCCGCUCGAUGCGGAUGUUUUUGCGCACAGCACCCGUUCAAAGAAACCAGGACGAAAACCAAAACCAAAGUUAUCCGUAGAGCCCGAUGUAAUGGAUGACCUCGAAGCAAAAACCUUUGACAGAGUUGAAAUACCCAGCGGUCAUUUUGUGUGCUGUGCAUGCUUCAAAAGUUACUCCACGUUGGAUGCGUUAACGGAACACGGAGAAUCGACCCAUCGCAAGAAUCCUCCACCCGAUUCUGUUAAAAGACACUUUUGCGAAAUUUGCUUCCGAGGCUACCUGACACGAAGGGCUAUCAAAGAGCAUCGCGAGAAGGUUCAACGGAUGACUGUGUACGAGUGCAAAAUUUGUCAGAUGCGGCAUGUGAACUGCGUUAAACGACGGAAUCAUGCCCAUAAUCAUGAUAAAAAGGCAAACAUUGUUACGGAAGAAAUUAAAGCUACGCUGGGUAAAUUAUGUUGUGCAAUUAACUGUAACUGUUCCUUCCCCACCGACGAGUUGCUGAUGCAGCACGCUCGAACAGUUCAUAAGUUUAACAAAAUCGAAGCCGAUAUCGGUUUCAAUCAGGAUCGUCCCAUAGGGUGCGAUAUCUGCCACAAACAUUUCUCAACUGAAAAAGGUUUGCAGCAGCAUCGGAUACGAAAGUAUCUACCCAAACGCCACCAAUGUUCAAUGUGCGGUGAAAAGUUUCACAGCCCUAGUGAUUUGAUACUUCACGAGCGGAUUCAUCGAAACGAGAAAAAUGUACCGUGUGAAAUCUGUCCUAAACGGUUCUAUACCGCGCAACAGCUGAAAGAUCACAUAAGAAAGCACGCUGCUGUUCCGCGGUUUGUUUGCAACCUUUGUGGGAAAGCAUUCAAGCAAAACAAGAUCCUACAUGCGCACCUUUUGGCCCACGAGAAUCGCCUGCCGUACGUGUGCGAUGUCUGCAAUAAGGGUUUUCGCGUAAAGAACAAACUGACGUAUCACAUGCGAACGCACACUGGAGAGCGGCCGUAUCCGUGCAGGCACUGCGAUGCAGCAUUCGCGGACUCCACCAAUCGUAUGCGCCACGAGCUGAUUCAUAUGAAGCAGAAAAAUCAACCGUGAAAGUUGUGAUUUCCCGAUGCAAUUUAGACCAAAAAGUGUUUAUUUAAAAAUACUCCCGUACAUGCCAGAGCGAAUGUUUUCGCAAUUAAAAUUGUAAAAACAGCUUUGAGUUUGUUUUAAUUAGAUGAAGAAGACCACUAGUGUUGUACUGUUAUUA